AUGGCGACGUCUCAUGCCCGGCCUAUUGUCGUCAGCGACAGCAAACGGAAUAAAAAAUACUUUCGGGAUGAAUUUCACCCACCGCAGCUGCAGCCGCCCCCACCUCCUCCCCAACAACUUCAGCAGCAGCAGCAGCAACAACAGGAAACGCAAAACCCCAUGACGUCGUCAGUCUUCUCACAGGAUCUUGGAGGCAGCGGCAGACCGUUGACGGGCAGCAGCAGCCCUCGAGAUCCAUCGCUGCCCUGGUUCUCCGGCAUCGUCUCGCACGAAGAUCCGACCCGUGGUGGAUCCGACCCGCUGCCGAUUCCUCCUCAAGUUUUGAGCACUGGCCACUCGUCGCCGACAGAUCCUGACGGAUCCAACGCUCAGUCACGAGGAUCGCUUCCGCCAGGCAAACAAUUUGGCUCUGGCCCAUCGCAAUCUGUUGAACAGCAACACGACGACGAGCGUGUCUAUAGUCAGAACCGCAUCAGCAACAUCUCGCAGAGCCAGAAGCCGGCCACCAUCUUCCCGCCACAAUCUCAGCCGCCUGGAACAUUUGGUGUUGACGCUCCAGUUUUCCAGUUGUCCAAAGUUUUUGGAUUCAUUGACGCUGAAUUGCAUUCCGGCGGUGUCAAUUUCAAGGUGACGCUGGAAAAUGGCGAGGAUUAUACGUGGAACUGA